AUGAUAACUUUUAGUAUUUUAUAUUUCUAUUUUGUUAUUACAAAAGCAUCUUAUUCUCUUACAGAUACAACCAUUGAAGCUCAUUUAACAUAUUCUAAUCCUAAUGAUUUUCAAUAUGAUUUUAAUGUGAAUACAGCUUGUUGCUUAGUUUCAAGAACUACACCUGAAUGUUCAGUUUAUCCAAGUGAAUCAGUACCUGAUAUAACAAGAACAAUAACAUAUGAUUAUAAAAACAGUAUUCUUCGUUUUUCAAAUGAUUUACCACAAGGAGUAUAUGAAGUAUGGAUUUAUCAACAUAAAGGAGCACCUUUAUAUGGAGGAUUACCAAUAGUUGAAGUAUCAUUUUAUACAAGUCAUGGAUUAACACAUCAAAAGUAUAUUAUUAAUAAUAUCGCUGAUACAAAUAAUAAAAAAUAUGUUUGGUGGAACGUCUUUACUAUUAGAAAAAAUUCUACUGGAAUUUUACUUAGAGAUUUUGAUGUUUCUCGUGUUUCUAAAGAAAUAUUUAUUAGUCCACCAUCAUCAUUAAUUCCUGUUCAAUGUGAUAAAACAGAUCGUGAUAUAAAUGGAGUACAACCAUUAAUUAUUGUUAUACUAUCUUUUAUUUUGUUAUUAAUAGUAUAA